CCAACCGAUGGAAGUAAAUAAUGGCGGUGCUAGGGUCAAAAUGGAACGAAUUAUAAUCGGACGCAUCUAUCAAGUACAGUCCGAAAUAACCGAGUCUGUUUAGUACCUAGCAAAGGCUUAAUGUCUUAGGUUUCUAAUGAGACAAUUUUUGUGAAGCCUACACAGAACAGCGGAGAUGGAGCUUCGGGUUGGCAACAAAUAUCGUCUAGGGCGAAAGAUAGGCAGUGGAUCAUUCGGCGAUAUCUAUUUGGGUACUGACAUUUCCAAUGGAGAAGAAGUAGCUAUCAAGUUAGAAUGUGUGAAGACCAAGCACCCACAGCUCCACAUCGAGAGCAAGAUAUAUCGGAUGAUGCAGGGAGGUGUGGGCAUACCGACAAUCAAGUGGUGUGGGGCAGAGGGAGACUACAAUGUCAUGGUGAUGGAGCUUCUUGGUCCAAGUUUGGAGGACCUUUUCAACUUUUGCUCACGGAAGUUCAGUCUUAAAACAGUGCUAUUACUGGCAGAUCAAUUGAUCAGCAGAAUUGAAUACAUACAUUCAAAAAACUUUAUUCAUCGAGAUGUUAAGCCAGACAACUUCCUGAUGGGCCUUGGCAAGAAAGGCAAUCUUGUAUAUAUUAUAGACUUUGGUCUUGCCAAAAAGUAUCGAGAUGCUCGUACACACCAGCACAUACCAUACAGGGAAAACAAGAAUCUCACUGGAACAGCACGAUACGCCAGUAUAAACACACAUUUAGGAAUAGAACAAAGUAGAAGAGAUGACAUGGAAUCAUUAGGAUACGUGUUCAUGUAUUUCCUUAGAGGAAGUCUGCCCUGGCAGGGCUUGAAAGCAGCCACCAAAAGACAAAAAUAUGAAAGAAUCAGUGAAAAGAAAAUGUCUACGCCAAUCGAGGAACUGUGCAAAGGAUUCCCAUCGGAAUUCGCCACAUACCUGAAUUUUUGUCGGUCUCUUCGGUUUGACGACAAACCUGACUAUUCUUACUUACGGCAGCUAUUCCGUAAUCUCUUCCACAGACAGGGUUUCACAUAUGAUUACGUCUUUGACUGGAAUAUGUUAAAAUUUGGAGGUCGAGGAGCUGAGGACCUGGAUAGAGACAGGAAGUUACAUAGCUCAACAUCAAGGGCAUUGCAGGGCACAGCACUUCCAGGUCGAGUCCGCAGUGAUCAAUUAGGAGUUGGGGCCGUGCCACCUGCAGGGGAUUUCAAUUACAUUCGUGGUCUGCCGUCUCGGCCCAAAGAUAGGCUGCCUGCACGGUUGUCACUAGCAACAAAAGGUUCCGAGUCACAGGAGGGCGUUACAGACAGUAGGGUCAGUGAUAGGUUGGCUACCCCCUCAUCUGGAGGGAGGCUUAGUAUGAAGGGAUCAGGACUGCCUGUGCCUGUAGGGAGUAGUGCUGAUGGCUCAAAAAUACGCCCCACCUCCCCAAGGCCAAUAUCCCGAGAAAGAGAGAGACGCACCAGCACCAAACUACACAGAGGUAUUCCUACCAGUGAACUUCAACGUGAACACACUCGCAUGUCCUCAGUCCAGAUGCAGCAGGGCAUGAUGACACCAAUCAACUCUGGGCUCAGACGAGGGAGUGCGUCAAAAGAAGAAGUGCCUCCGCGCUCCGGGUCAUCUCGCCAAAUCCGCAAAUGACUAGAGGCCUGCGGGGAUGACGGACGUUGAUCUCUCAGUCACACUGAACCCAUUCCUGCCAAAACUCGGGUCCGACAUUAUAUAUACGGAUAAUCUGUACUACCCAGUGACACUGGACACUUUGACUACAUGAUGUUUCUUGAUUGUGCCAUUGCUUGGGGAGUAAAGUGAGCAGACAGACCUUGUAAGGCUGUGGGAAGUUAAAGCUUCCACUAGUGAGUGUCUAUAGAGUGAUAGACGACUUCAUAUACCUACAGUAGUAUUCUGACUUUGGUAUGACACAAGCUUAUGUGAUGAAAUGGACAAGAUAAGUUGUACUGAGGCAGUAUAACUACUGUCGCUUUAUAACAAGAUUGAGAAUACACAUGAGUUUACCGUGACCAAAACAACUUAAUAAUGUCACAACCAGCCAUGAGCGCAAGAUUCAAAUUCAACAUGUGCGAGUGAACAUUUGACGUUUUAACUACCUGUGUAUAUGCCAACUGUGUGUGUGGAUGCUUGGAUUUCGAUCUUUGUGACUGAUUAUCAUGAUUAUGUAAUUUUAAUAUUGUACAUAAAACUGAAUUUAUAAAUAUCAUCCAAUGACAUGAUUAUUUAAGGCUGGCCUGUAUCUGGACUACUUGAUUUCUUCUUUCUGUGCUGUCAUUGUCUACUGGGAGUCUGCUCAAGUGUAGCAAUCACAUCGCUUCAUUCAUUGUUGAUCUGCUUUGUACAUUUGCUCACAAGAAAUCCCUUGUGUCUUAAAUUUCAUUGACAGACCAUGCUCCAAGUUUUGUGACUUGAAAAUUGAUUAUUUCAAAAAAAAGGCCAAAUUUUAUUAUUUUCCAAAAUGUUCUUACUUCCAUGUAACUGUAUCUGUUGGUGAUUUUACUACCAAACAUGCCAAACAGUGGCAUGCACUUGGAAUCUCAGCUAGAUCUAGCUUGGUGUAUUAAACAUUGCUAACACAGAUGUACAUAGGACAUGUCUUAACUUUCACCUUAAGAUAUCUAUUUGAACUACACUUGUGAUUUGUGAUCUAGUCUUGUACCUAUAUUGCAUAUAGACAAAGUAUUAAGGUUACGCAUAUCACCUUCAUGGAUAUGAUUAUUUAAACCUUUAAUAUACGUGUUGGGCUAUGCGUACUUGGUAAGUUUUAGUAAGAUAUGUAUCCUAACUAAUGGUUUCCAUUUUUGAUGAUUAAUAUGAACCUUUGGAACACCUUAAAUGAAUUUGUUGUAUUGUGAUAAAAGUGUCUUUGAGAAUGUGAUGUUGACCAUUAUCAAUCACAUAAUGAACAACACACUAUAGACUGUAAUCUACACUAAGGAUAUUGUCUGUCUUCAUGUGUUGGCAGUUCGAGUUCGAAGACGUUAGAGACUGUUGGAUUAAACUAGGUGUCAUAUUUUUCAUUACCUGGAAUAUUCCCAAAAAAUCAUUGAACAAAUUUUUAAACUUGAUUUUACUUUUUCAAAAAUAAAUUGUAAGGUUAUGAAAUGUUGCUGACCUUAUUGCCAAAAACAUCUCCAAUCAGUUUGUUAAUUUAGACACUUGCGUUCUUACAACUCUUAAGAUUUGGAUGGUUUGGAAGUUCGGAGGCUUUACCUGCUAAUAGCUGCAACAAAGCCAAGUCAUGUACAAAGUACUUUGGGGCUAGAGUCAAUUUAUUCUCCCAUGAACUCUUUCUCUGAUCUGUCAAAGUCUCUUCUUCCAGAAUGUUGUGGACAGUCUGUUCUGGCACUAUACAAUAGUAGUAAAGUUAGACAUGUGUAGCGGCAGUGAUUAUCUUACAGAAUGUCCACUUCCUGCAUGCACAUAGAAGAUUUGCUUCAUAGCUACAACAUAGUACACUCCAGUAUGUUGUCAUUUUAUGCAGGGUAAUCAAAAUGUUUGUAAGAUGAGUUGGUCUUUGAGCAAAACAUGAGCCUUGUUUACUACUUUAUGAAAUUGUAGAUAACUUGAAACUGAUUGAUUGAAUCUUGCUUUUAGGGGUCAUGGUAUGGAAACGCCAAGAAUUUCAUGAAUAUUGUCCAUGAAAUCUUCUCUCACCAGUGUUGUACAAUAAGGAUCAUGAUAAUUCUUGUUAAACCAUAUCAUUAAAGCAAUGAUUUGAUCUUGAUGUUUCAUGUUAUUUUGGCAUGACAUAAGGGACAAAAACAAGCUGUUUGUUUGACAUAUUUAAUACACUGUAUUUCAAGGUAAUUGUGCCUUAGGGGUCAUAAUAAUCUAACCAUUCUCUGCAUGCUGUUUGCAUGUAUGAUGGAUGUGUUUGGUUGUUAUAAAGGCAUAGCUAUCUUGAGAGAGGCUGUAGGGCCACACCACCUUAUUGCUACACCGCCUGUGUGUUCCCUUGUGUCAUGUCAUUGUGUCAGUCUGUCCAUUACAUUCCCCUCUGUUUCUUCUUGUAUUAUGUGGAUGGAGUGUACUACAGUCUUGGUCUGUCAUGUACUCAUUACUUACUAUGUGUUUUCUACCCCUGUAUUAAUAUUAUAUUGUAAGAUAUCAAUAAACAAAUUUCACUGUA